UGAUCAUAUGAGCGAGGCAAUAAAUUGAUGGUAACUUGCCCCGGGCCCAUGUUCUAGUUGUGAUGUUGAUGAAAGUUGCAUCAAGUGGUAACCUGUGCAUGUAGAUCCAGCUGUCUUUUCAGGCUUAACAGAGGGGAAAAUCAUUACAUUUAAUUGCACUGAAGGGAAACUGACUAUGGUGGCUGAAAGUGCAUGGCUGAAAAGCUCUGCAUCUUAUCAAUGCGGUCAAGUGGAGAUGCUUGUGAAUACCACCAGAUCAAGAGAAUUGGGAAACCACUUGCUUUCCAAAACUCCACAGCUCAGCAAGAUUUUGGCAAUGCCAACAGUUUGUCAGCCAGUGCUUGUCAACCCACCAAAAAAUGGCCUUCCAGCCUGGGAUAGGCUGGUACAUCUUCCUGACAGACAUCACAAAUGGAAUUUUGUAGAUAUAACAGAAAAUCGCUUGUGUAGGAAAAGACAUUCCAGAAAUGAUAUGCUGAGAAAUGGACAGCAAUCUUCACAGUUUCUACAUGCUUCAGUUUGGACUAGCUCAAUAUUACAUCCAGGUCAUACAGAAGUGAAUAUUCAAGGCAUGUCAAGUGCCCAGGAGUAUGAUAUAGAAGAAAAAAAAUGUAAAGGAUACAUACCCAGUUACUUAGACAAGGACGAGCUAUGUGUAGUAUGUGGUGACAAAGCCACCGGGUAUCAUUAUCGCUGCAUCACUUGUGAAGGAUGCAAGGGAUUUUUUAGAAGAACCAUUCAGAAAAAUCUCCAUCCAACCUAUUCCUGUAAAUAUGAAGGAAAAUGUGUGAUAGACAAAGUAACAAGAAACCAGUGUCAAGAAUGUCGCUUCAAAAAAUGCAUCUAUGUUGGCAUGGCAACAGAUUUGGUGCUGGAUGACAGCAAGCGGUUAGCAAAAAGGAAGCUGAUAGAAGAAAACCGAGAGAAGAGACGUCGGGAGGAGCUACAAAAAACAAUUGGGCACAGACCCGAGCCAACAGACGAGGAAUGGGAGCUGAUCAAAAUUGUCACUGAAGCACAUGUGGCCACCAAUGCACAAGGAAGUCACUGGAAACAAAAAAGGAAAUUUCUGCCAGAAGAUAUUGGGCAAGCACCAAUGGUUAAUGCCCCAGAAAGUGGGAAAGUGGAUUUAGAAGCCUUCAGCCAGUUUACAAAAAUUAUCACACCAGCAAUUACAAGAGUGGUGGAUUUUGCCAAAAAGUUGCCUAUGUUUUGUGAGCUGCCAUGUGAAGACCAGAUAAUCCUUUUGAAAGGCUGCUGUAUGGAGAUUAUGUCCCUCCGAGCAGCAGUGCGCUACGACCCCGAGAGUGAGACUUUAACACUAAAUGGGGAGAUGGCAGUGACAAGGGGUCAGCUGAAAAACGGGGGUCUCGGCGUAGUGUCUGAUGCCAUCUUCGACCUGGGCAUGUCGCUGUCCUCGUUUAACCUGGAUGACACGGAGGUCGCCCUGCUCCAGGCUGUGCUGCUCAUGUCAUCAGAUCGCCCAGGUCUCCUCAGUGUUGAGAGGAUAGAAAAAUGUCAAGAAGGUUUCCUCCUGGCCUUUGAACACUACAUUAAUUACAGAAAACAUCACGUUGCACACUUUUGGCCAAAACUGCUGAUGAAAGUGACAGAUCUACGAAUGAUUGGAGCCUGCCACGCCAGCCGCUUCCUGCACAUGAAGGUGGAAUGCCCCACGGAACUCUUUCCCCCUUUGUUCUUGGAAGUGUUUGAGGAUUAGAAAGACUGGAGUGGUUCUCAGAAUUCCUAUAGCACUACUGGCUGUCAUUUCAUUCCAUUGCCUAGCUCUUCUUCUGUUCUUUUUGUUUUGGUUUUUUUUUUUUGUUUUUUUUUUAUAGACAUUGAUGAAAAUGUCCCUUUAAUGCGGGUACUUGUGACUAUUGCAUUUUGUCCUUCAGUCCCUUGAUGUGAAUGCUUUAACAGCUUAACAGUGAAAACACAAACAAACCAAUCUUGAUCACCAGCACUUAAGUGGUCACCAGCUCACAUCCAUCACUGCUUGGGGAAAUGGGGAGAUAAAAUUGAAGUGGCAGAAAAUAAACAGGCCUCCAAGGCAAAGCACUUUGCCCUGCCUUUUUCCCAGUAUUACCUCAUUUUGCAAGCCACAAGUGAGAUACAGUGUAUAGUUUUCCAUGGUCAUUCUAAGUGUAACCAUUAUCAUUGUGACCUAAGAAUACCAUCAUCACUGUGAUUGCAUCACAUCCUUGGGAUUAUGACAUGGAUCAUAAAUAUCUGUGUCCUCUACAAUCAAUUCUUUUUUCAAAUACACAGUGGAGAGGAGGGGUUGAUAUAUUUUUUUCAUUUGUACAAAAUGAGGGCAAAAUCCUUGAGCCCUUGCUCAGUUAAAACUCUAGAUGACUUCAGUGGGAGGUCUACUGGAAUAAAGACUGAGGGCUUGAUCCUAUGAGGUGUUGAGCUCUUCCAACAGCAGCAGGGAGCCCUCAACUCAGGUUGACUUCAGGAGAGGAAAUGAAGGGGGAUGUCACAUCAACAUCCAAGUGGCACUGGAAGGGAUGGGCACUUGGCAGGUCUCGGUAUGCACUCAGCACUCUGCAGGAAUGGGUCUUUUAUCCUGGCUGCAGGAUUUGCCCAGGGUUACGCAAAGAUACAAAUGAUCACAGGGAGAAAAAAAUGAUUAUGAUGAACUCCAAAUAGGAUAGAAACCUACCCUAUUACUAGUUAUGCUCCAGACUGUACAGCUUUAUCCCAGUAACAUGUAGAGUAUGUCUUGAGAGUAAUCUCUGAUAGAUAAAUACAAAGGAAACUUCAGCAUCUGUCUUAAACAUAUUGCCGCCUUUUUGUACCUUUUUGUACGUGCAUUUUUAUUUUGAUUGGCUAGAUUCUCUCUCAAUUCCCUGAAAUCAAUUAUUUCUAUUGACUGCACUAGUAGGAGCUGAACUGAGCAACAACAGGAUGUCCUGCUGGUGAAAUCUGCCAGCCAGCGCUCCUGGCACUCAUUUGGGCCUUUUUCAAGGGCAUUAUGAGUAGAGAUUCCUCUGUUUCAUCCAUCCUCAUCACAGGGUGAUAGUCUCUGAAGUUUUAUAAACUCCAGGCCAGGCAAAUCUCCUGGUUUAUCUAUAAGUGGGAUACAUCAGAAGGACAUCCUCUUCCUGGCAACAGAAAAGAUUUAGUGCAGCCUCAGACUAUGUUUCAUGCUCCCUCUGUUGCAUUGUGCAUUCACAUAUCAAUAGAUAACAAAAACAGAAGGAGGUAUCUUUUCCUGCUCAACUAGACAGGCGUUGUUAUAAUUGGACAUUCAAAGCUAAAGGCCCUAAUCUAGCCCUAGGUGUUUGACUCGUGAAAAUGUGGUACUAGGAAAACUUUCAUUGUGGGCAAAACACCAGGGGAAUUUUGAAAUUAUUUUCACUCCUGCUGCAGUGCGAAGAAAGCAUUUGGAAUACUAACGGUCAUAUUUUCAGCCAGGCUGAAUCCCUGCCACUGUUUAUUGGUGCAACUUGCAUCUAUACCUGCAAUGAGUUGUGAGCAUUAAUCUUAGUAGUUUACAUAUUGGACUUCUAAGAUUUGUGCCCAAAAUUCCAUGUGGGUGUAAAACACACAGGUGCAUUUUUUUGCAGGCACAAGGGAAGCCAGGCCACUGGAAACUUGCUCUUAAAUGUUUGGUUUUUGUAUGAGGUUAAAAACACCUGUUGGCUCCCAUUCUUCCACCUCCCCCCAAAGCAAAUGUUUGAAUGACACCAUUCUCCAGAUUGUUUUGCAGUAAAACCCAGAGUAUGUCAUGGGGUCAGGGACAUCAUCCAGAAUACUGGGGGUUAUACUUGGAAUCAAAACCCAUACAAAAUAGUGAGAAUGAUGGGUUUGGUCCUGCAAACUCUUCCUCAGAUGUGCAGUCUCAAGAAAGUCAGUCAGUAGUGUGAAAACUGCUCACACGAGUCAGGGCUUGCAUGAGCAGAUCCUAACUGCAUGCAUUAAAAGAAAAAUAAUUGCACAAAUCUUAAAAUCAAAUUAGUUAGAAUGACAGAUAUCUGUAGAAAUUAAAUAAAAUAGUUGAUCCAUUUCUUGCUUCUGUUUUCCAGAUCUGGUAAGCAAAAAUAAAAUGAAACGUACAAACCUUUUAGAGCUGUAUUCUGCCCCUAAUCUUUAUGGGAAACGCCCACUGAUGCCAGUGAGAACCCCACACAUGCUCCUAAGGCUAUAUAUGACUAAUUUAGUGUACAAAAAUUUGAUUGUGCCGCAGGUGAAAGAGAGAGAAAAACACUCUUCUUUCUGGCAGCUACCAGUGUUGGCAACUCACAAUUUUAUUGCAAGUCUUGAGAUAUCUGCUGUUUUUCUGAUAGCCCUGCUCUGGGAAUCAUGUUGUUACAUGAUUUUUUUACAUCAUGAUUUUUUCUGGUGCUUUUGGUUGUAGAAAAAAGCUUGAAAAUGUGAAACUCAAAUGUUCAAAAUGUAGAAGGCAAAUAAGAACUCAAAACUGACAAUUUAGAACUCUCGCGAUUUUUAAGCCAAUCUUGUGAUUUUGGGGGCCUGGUUCAUGAUUCUUGAACCCUUGGGAUUGGCAAUUCUGAGUUAUUCAAAAUAAAUAGCAUAGAAAAGGUAAGAGUUGUACAAAAAACAAAAACAAAAAAGAUUAGUCAUCUGACUCAGGACUCAGGAAAGCUUCAUCAGUCUGAUCCAGCACUGAAAAUAAACACUUUACAGGCUGGCUGCUGUUAAAAUGGCUACUGGUACGUGAACCUGUCCCCAUUAAAUCUAACAAGCAAAGCAAUGAGGUUUAAAAGUAUUAGAUUUAGUAGAUUACACUAUUGAGUGCCUGGAAUUAGGCACUUAAUUUGUAUUUAAAUGUCCGAAUCAGUGGCUGAAUUUCCAAGAUGUUGACUUCAUUGGGAACUGUGACUACUCAGUAUCCUGAAAAAUCAGUCCACCUCUAUUUAAGUGACUAAACAUGGAUUUCGGUGCCUAACGCUAGGAAAACAAGCCUGAAAAUGUUGGUGAGUGUUUUUAGCAAUGAGUACAUAUAGCAGUAUUUUUUUAACCCUUUUUUUAUAUUAAAGGUAUGGGAUCUGGCAGUAAUUCAUUGCGGUGAAUUACCAGUAUUUAUCAAUCCAAAACCAAUAUCCAUCUUUUAGUUUAACAGAUGUGAUCUAGUGACAUUUAAGGCCCUGAUUCCAUACCAAUUUUACAUUGUCUGACUUCAUUAACUUCAGAUUUACACCGGUGCAUAAUUAGAACCUAUAUUAGGCUCUGAUAUUGCAAAUGCUUGCUACUGGACUUAGCCCCCCUUCCUGCAAUGACUUAUGCACAUGAUUAAAUUUGCAUACAUGCGUAGUCCCAAGUCUUUGCAGGCUCAAGAACAUAGUGCUUGCUACUGUGAGUAACAGACUUUAGUGUCAAGUAUCAGGGGGUAGCCGUGUUAGUCUGUAUCUACAAAAACAACAAGGAGUCUGGUGGCACCUUAAAGACUAACAGAUUUAUUUGGGCAUAAGCUUUCGUGGGUAAAAACCUCACUUCUUCAGAAACUAAAUUCCCAGUAGUAAGCACUACACCCAGUAGUAUUUGUAGACUAAGGCUUUCUGACUGAGUGCAACAGAACUGAAUUUUUCAGUGCAGUCCAUACUCUUGUGUUUGAUGGUGCCACAUAACUCUCAUUUUUGCUCUCUGGUCUAGAGGUAUAGCAAGUGGGGUCUUUUAUUCAUGAUUCUUUCUGUCAACCCAGCUCUUUCAUUGUCAUCUUCACUGUUUUUGCCCUACAUAAUACAUGCAUAUAGAUUUUAUUCCUUUCAUCUGGCAUCCCAACUUAGUUCCAAUAUUUAAAAUAACGUAUAUACAGUGUGAUAAUGAUUUUUGUUUACACUCUGCCAAAAUGUAGACUUUAAAAUUAGACCUCUAAGGUCCAAAAUCAUCUUUGAGGUAAAUGCUUGCUCCUUCAGGGGUCGGUUUCAGAAAGAAAAAAGAAAAAAUAUGACCAGAGGGAGAAAUCAGAAAUCAGCCUAGGUAGGGCUGUUGAUCACAAGCAGAGCAUGUCAUUGUUAGUGAUGUAUUUUUAUGCUAUGGAACUCUAACCUGUAUGUGUCAUAUUGACUUUUUGCUGCAUGAAUCAUACACUAUAAAAAUCAGUCUUAUUGUUUUGAGACGUAGCCAACAUUUGUAAGGCUAAACCUUUUUCAGUGACAGAAUCAAAAUCAGCAACCAAGGAACAUUCUUCUCUCUCUCUCACUGUGAGAGCAGUUAAAAGUGUCCAAUACUUGUCUUUUCACUAACGUAGAGGCUCCAGGACCUAAACAAGCUCUUAAUUUGUCCUGUUGUUGUAAUAAUAUGGAACUGUUUACCAGCUGUUUCCUUUUGAUAUUGCUAUGAUAUGAUCCCUAUUUAAAUUUUAUAUAGAGAAAUUUUAUUCUAGUGCAAUAGAGAUUUAUUUUCCACGUAAAGAUUCAAAGUAAUGUGAGCACAUCUUUUUACAACAGAAUAAUCUUGUUUUAAAAAAAAAGGUUUGGCCUUAUCACAAAGUUUUACCGUGUUGUAUAAAUGUUUAGCAAAUGCAAAGAGUAUGCAUUUCUUGUGUGUAUCCACAUUGACUGCUGUCGCCUUCAAAAGCAAUAUUGUGCAGGUAAAAGUUUUUUGUGACUGUCCAUUGCACAGUUUACCUACUUUAAAAGCUAACCCUAUUUAUGCACAAGACAAUCAAAUGUAAAUCUGCAUCAGCCAGAUGGUGUAGAUUAAAUUUGUUUAAAUUACUGAGCACAAUGUAAAACAUUAAAAGACACUUUAUUUAAUUACACAUUUAAUGUUGGUAUAAAUAAUAUCAGGGCAUGAACUAGCUGACACACUGUAAUUUCUUUUUCUGUUUUCAUACUUUCUUAACUCUUCAUUUUUGAUUUGUUCACAACUACAUCAAAUUAGUCUUUCAUGCCAUUUCUUUAAAAAAGACAAAAGGUUAACUUUUUUUAUUGUUAUCGUUGGUUUCAUGCCCUGAGGGUAAGACAAACAUUACACGGUAUAAUGAGAGACAGUACUUUGGAUGAUGUAUUUUUUUGCAAACAGGAGUAAGUGAUAUGCUAUAUCAGUAAUAUUUUUUCAGCCUAAAAUAUAUAUAUAUUAAAAAUCUGUGACCGCAAAUCUUUUAAACUAUCCGAAGAGAAAAUUUGUAUAUUUGGGAGGAGAAUAAUUUUUACAUAGCUUUUGUAUGCAGAUAUUCAAAUGUAAUUAUGAAUAUAGUGGGCCUAGAUA